UAACGGUAAGGUGGUUGAGACCUCCGCCCUCUUUCGAUACACUCGAGGAGCCACUUCACACAUCAAGACUCUCCUUCUUCCUCACUUCUUCUGCAUUUGUUGAUCAAAUUCUCUGAUUCUUCAAGGAAUCCAUAUAACUUCUUAAUUGAAGCCAUCCAAUAUUUACCCUGUCAAAUUGAGGCCGGCAUUUUCCUUUUCAUUUGGAACUCAUUCGCUCUCAAUUUGCUGCCCUAAAUACAAUCGAUUUGCAACCGUAAUUUCUAAAUCAAUCUGCUAACACCCACGAUCGAUCUGCUGACUGCUCCCCUAAAUCGAUCAAUUUGCUCGACUGCUCCUGAACUGUAAGCCCAUAAUCGAUCUACUCCUGCCUCCUAAAUCAGUCUUUAAGAAAUCGAUCAAAACAAUCAACGAUGGCUCAACUCCUCAACUCCUUCAUUCCGACUUCUCCCUGCCUCCGCCGUCAAUCUAUGCCUUCACUCACUCAACCUACCUCCCGAAAACCUCAAAUUCAAGCCAAGAUCCGAGAGAUCUUCAUGCCGGCAUUGAGUUCUACCAUGACUGAAGGAAAGAUCGUCUCUUGGGUGAAGUCCGAAGGUGACAAGCUCUCUAAAGGCGAGUCAGUUGUCGUUGUAGAAUCUGAUAAAGCUGACAUGGAUGUUGAGACAUUUUACGACGGCUACUUGGCUGCCAUCAUGGUUGAAGAAGGUGGAGUUGCUGCCGUCGGCUCUGCUAUUGCCCUCCUUGCCGAAACCGAAGAUGAAAUUGCUCAAGCUACAUCCAAGGCGAAAGAACAAUCUUCUUCCUCAUCCUCAUCUGCUGCUCCCUCAUCGCCUCCUCCAGUAGAAACAAAAAUACCWGAUUCCRUCCCUGUUGCAACUGUAGUGAAGCCGGCUAUGGUGACGGCAGUGGUUUCAACACACCCGGCUUCUGGUGGAGGGAAGAGGAUUGUGGCAUCUCCCUAUGCGAAAAAGCUUGCUAAGGAAUUGAAUGUUGAUUUGAGUGGUGUGGUUGGUAGUGGACCGAUGGGAAGGAUUGUUGCCAAAGAUGUAGAGGCUGCAGUUGUUUCUGGGGCUGUUGCUGCUGCUGCUGCUGCAGUGGCUGAGCCAACUAAGCAACUGUUUGUGGCUCCAGGGAUUGAGUUGGGUUCUGUUGUUCCAUUUACUACAAUGCAGGGUGCUGUCAGUAGGAACAUGGUUGAGAGUCUUGGAGUGCCUACAUUCAGAGUGGGGUAUACAAUUACCACUGAUGCCCUUGAUGCUCUCUAUAAAAAGAUUAAGCCGAAGGGAGUGACUAUGACAGCACUGUUAGCCAAGGCCACGGCGCUUGCAUUGGCUAAACACCCUGUUGUGAAUUCAAGUUGUAGAGAUGGAAAGAGCUUUACAUACAACAGUAGUAUAAACAUUGCAGUUGCAGUGGCCAUAGAUGGUGGGUUGAUUACUCCUGUGCUGCAGAAUGCUGAUAAGGUUGAUAUUUAUUCAUUGUCGAGAAAGUGGAAAGAGUUGGUGGACAAGGCCCGGGCGAAGCAGCUACAACCUCAGGAAUACAGCACAGGUACAUUUACCCUUUCCAACCUUGGAAUGUUUGGAGUGGAUCGAUUUGAUGCCAUCUUGCCACCAGGAACUGGUGCAAUCAUGGCUGUUGGGGCGUCUGAGCCGACUGUUGUUGCCACCAAGGAUGGGCGGAUUGGCAUGAAGAGUCAGAUGCAGGUAAAUGUUACAGCUGAUCAUCGUGUGAUAUAUGGGGCGGAUCUUGCUCAGUUCUUGCAGACUCUAGCAAAGAUCAUCGAGGAUCCUAAGGACCUAACAUUCUAGACCCCGGCCUUUGCUUUUCUUCUACUAGAUACUAUGAGGUUUAAGUUAUUUUUGGAAGACUCCACUCUCUUUUGUCAAAUUCCAAAGUUAACUUCCAUGUCUUCAAUGAAACUAUUACUUUUUGUUUCUUGCU